AUGCGCCGCCGCGCUUCCCCCUCCCACUCCGUGCGGGCGUGCGGCGCCGAGGGGGGGUUGGACCGCGGCGGCGCGAGCGCUGCCUUCAUCCCCCCCCUUCCUCCUCCUCCUUCUCCUCCUCCUCCUCCUCCGAGAGCGCGCUCGCACGGCCGGGAGCGAGAAGCCGGCGGCAGGAUGCUGCAGACGGCGGCGGAGCCGGGCGGCUGGGCAGGCAUGAAGCGACCCCUGAGCCCAUCCCACAGCCCCGAGAGCGCAGUGCAGGUGGCGGAGGAGGCCAGCUGCCCGCCCAGCCAGCCCGAGCAGCGCAUGAAGCGGGAGAAGAAGCACCAGUCGUUCACGCUUUGCGAGGUCUGCAACAUCCAACUCAACUCGGCCGCGCAGGCGCAGAUCCACUACAACGGCAAGUCCCACCAGAAGCGCCUUAAGCAGCUAAACAAGGGGAAGAUGCCAGCGGCCCAAGGUAGGAGCCCACCCAGCAGGUCAAGGUUGCCCAAAGGCUGCCCUUGCUCUGGCACAUCUGCUCUAUUGGGCUCAUGGAGAGAUCAGAAAUGCCGUAUUUUGUCCUUGGCGUCUGUCACUUGCUGGCCUACAUGAACUGCAGGGCUUCCCCCAGCUGUCACUGCCAGUCCUCAAGUGGUUUUGGGGCCCAAGAGGCCACGCUGCAGCGGCAGAGGGAUGGACACGUGUGGGUGUGUCCGUGUGUGAGCGUGGUUGCUGCUGCUCUGUCUUUGUGGGUGUCUUCUUGAGUUCUGUAGAUGGUUUGUGCAGCGGGGACACGCGUGUCCAAGGCUGGAGCAGCUGUUUGCUGCUGGGCUACUCGAUGCUGCUUUCCAGGUGCCAAGCUGACCGUGUCCCUCUAGGCUCCUGCUGUGCACUUCUCCUGUAUCUGUGCUGAGUUGGAUUCAAAAUCCUGCUCAGAUGUUGGUGCUGAGGCCCCUCACCUGUUGGCUGAGGCAGGGAUGCUGGCAUGUGCAGGUGCUGCGCUGCUGGGCAGGAGCCUGUGCAAGGGCAAGGACUCACUUGCCCUCUGUGCCAUCUGCCAGCAUUCACCUGGCCGGGCCCAGCUGGCUGCUGCAGAUUUUAUGCACAAAAGCAGGGAAGUGUGCCCAGAAAUGUCACCCUGUCACCAUGGCUGACCUGUUCUGCCUGAGCAUUUGGCUGUGAGGGUUUGUCAUUAGCUGCAAACCAAGGGAAUUGCAUAGAAUCACAGAACGCCUUGGGAUGGAAGGGACCUUAAAGAUGAUAUGGUUCCCUGCUCCUGCUCUUACUAGGGACUGGGCAGGCUGGAGCCAUAAAUUCCUAGCAUGGCAUUAGUCAUGUGUGUACCAGAUCCUGCCCUGGCUGGUGCUGGUUUUGUUUGGGUAAUGCAAAGGAGCAGGUCUCCUCGUCAGCAUUACUGACAGAUGGAAAUAUCGCCGGCUAUUUUAAUGGGGAUAGGGCUCAUAAAUUCCAGCCUGCAGCUUCCAGCUUCUCCCCUCGAUCUGGUUGUGGCCUGAUGGGAGACUGUCCAGGGAUGCAUUUCCUACUGAGCCAAAGAAUCUUGGAGCAUGCCAGUCUGCUCUUUGUGUUUCUGCACCGUCCCUGACCUCUGCCAGUGCGGCAGCCCUGGGGCCUCGCGCUGUCGGCCCCACGCGCUCCGCUCUGCGUGCGCAGGGCUCUGAUCUGCUUAUGUGGGGAAACUGCAGGCAGCAGCUGCUCCCUGCGCUUCCCUGUCCCUCCUGCUCCCACGGGAGCUGACCUUUCCCUGCACUUUUGGUUAAAAAUGUCACUUCCAGCGUUGUUGCUGUGAGCCUUUCCCAUCCUCCUGAGGUGUCGCCCUGGGUGGUUGGGAAUGGACUGAUGUGACUCCUGUGUACCCUCUGCACUCAUCGUGCCGCUGGCACUGGGGGUACUUGGUGCCAUAUGUGCCCCUCCAAACCCAAAGGGGACCAGCCCUGUCUGCCUUGCCCCAGCGAGCUGAGGACAAGUGCAGGACAAACUUCUGGCUGGGCUGCAGCACAUGGGCAGGAGGGCACAGACAGGGCUGGCAGCGUGAUGGGGUGCUGGGGAAGCCCUGCCCUGCCUCAUCAUAAUCCUCUAGGAGCCCUUCACCAGCCAGAUCUGCACCUUUGGGUGCUGAGAAAAUGCACCUGCCUGCAGUCCUGGGAGCAGUCACCCCUCCUUGGGCAGCUGCCUGCUCCAGGGCUGGGCUCAGCCUGGCACAGCCCACACACGGGAGCGGCUAGCACGGGUCUCCAGUGGCAUGUCAGCACUGGGGGAGCCUUGGGAGGUUAAAGACAGUGGAUUAAAUGACAUAAUUGAGUUAGACAAAGAUGGGAUGUUCCUCUGGGCUGGAAUCUCUGUCUCAUGCUGACAUCUACAGCUACAUCAAAGGCAGCUUCCCAGCCACCACUCAGACUCCCCGUUCCCCUCUGGCUCCUCGGAUCUGUUCCUCCUGCACAGGCUGCGAUCGCUGGCGUCUCGUGGAGCAAAGCUGCAGAGGAGCGUUGCUGGCAAACAUGCUGAUCAGUGUCAUUACAAUUCAUUAGUUCUGUACCAGAAAGCCUCCAACUUAAAAGCAAAUUAUUGCUUAUUAGCAAUAAGUUUCAUUUUGCUAGACAGAUCCCAGAUCCUUGUUGUCCUGUAUGGGAUCAUGGUGAAGGGGGUGAUUAGGUACAGGGUGCCCACGGAUGAAAGACGUUUUCGUGCCGCAGAUGCCAGUUCCAAUCCAACUGGGUCACGAGUGAUUUAAUUACUGCCUGUGAUUUCCCAGGGAGCCCAAGCGAGCUCAGUUUGCUCUCAGAGUGCUCAGGAACCAAACCACUGUCUGGUGCUGAAUGAGCAGGAAGAGCUGAGCCACCCCAAAAAGGGGAGCAGUGGCUGCAGGGACAGGGGACUGCUGCUUCCCCUCAUCCUGGAUCAUCUCUGGGGCUCCCAUCGCAGAACAGGCUGAGCUGGAGCAUUUCAGAACUUAUACCCUGAUCUCUUGCUCUCCCCGAAAAGUCAUGGGAUGUAAAGAACAUCUCAGGCACGCUGCUACCAGAGCAUUGUCUCUGGGCUCUGCCAGCCCACAUCUCCCUGAAAGGCAGCAGGAAGCAUUCUCCUUUGGAGCACGAGGCUCUGGUUUCCCAGGCAAAUCUGAGCUGACAGCAGCUCGUACCCCUUUGGCCAGGGUCCACGGGAAGGACACACUGUUCAUGCAUCUCCUGUGCCAGGAGGGUUCACACAAGCCCCAAGCCCAACUCAAACCGCUUUUCUUGGCUUUGGAGGUUGCCGAGCUGCUCCUCCAAACCAAAUGCCAAGGCAGGGCCAGAGCACCGGGAGGAAGCUGUGCCCUGGGGCAGAUUCCUGUCACGAGCUCUUCCCCCUCUCCAAUAUCCCGUGGUAUUUUGUACCCUGACCCUUCCCUGGCUGCCCAAUGCUGUCACCCCCCUCACACUGGGGCUGCCUGGUGCUGUUCCCCCCCCCCGCCUCCUCGGCAGCACAGCCCUGGAACAACAGUUCCUUGCAAAGGGAAAGGUCCUGGUUUUCCCAAUUAUCCGCUGAAAUGUCUGUCCAUGCGUGUUUGGGAGCAGAAAGCUUUGAGAUGAGCAGAGAAAUCGCUGUGACAGCUUCAGCAUCACUGGGCCUGCAGCAGAGAGCGGGGCCCCCAGCCGGUGACGUGGGGACCCUGGGGGUGCCUGGGCUGCUCUGGGAGUCGGGGGGGGCUGGCAGCUGCUGGUGGGAUUCCCUUGGGCUUCAUGGGGGGUGCCAGACGAACUCCCUGAUUCUGGCAGCUGGCAGGGCUCCCACUCCCCUUGAACGGCUCCUGCAGAGCUGGGGUCGCUGUGUCUGAGGCUGGGCUCCCAUUGCACCCACCAAGGAGCCCAUGGUUGUGUUCUCGGCUGGUCUGGGAGAGCCCUGCUGAGAGACAACUCCCCAAAGCCACCCAGAGCAGCACCUGGGAAAGCCGUGCCUUGGGGUGGAGAGCAGCAGAGGGAGGGGAGCUGGUGGCUCUAACACGGGCGGU